GCACGACGUGACACGUUAUAGGAAAUGUAACAAAUUUGUAAACAUUCGAAAUUCGAAACAUUCGUGGCUCGAAAAUUCAAAACUGUUGCAAUAUAGCUACAUUUUUAACCAUCUUUGAGGCCUAAAACAUGGUCAAUAAAAAUGCUCUGGCCUACGCGGCCGCAACAUUUGGAUCUAGUCUGAUAAAUUCAAUUUUUGGAUUCUUUUAUGUCAAAACGUUCUUGAAUAUUUACAAAAUAAAUGGAUGGUGGUUCAACACAGCCCAAAUAAUCUACAUGAUUUGGAAUGCCGUCAAUGAUCCACUAUUCGGCUAUUUGCAGGACAGUUCAAAUAUUAAGAUAUUUCGAGUGAGAUCUUUGGCAGUGUUAGUUGGAGCCCCGUUAUAUGCCUUGAGUUUCCUAACACCAUGGUUUCCACUGAUCUCAGAACGGCCUGAGUGGAUGGUUGGUCUCCAUCUUCUUUUCUCACUUUGUUUUUUCGAUUCGCUGUUCACCUUCGUUUUGCUGGCCCAUUGCGCGCUAUUUACUGAAAUUUCUCCGUCAGCAAAUGACAGAGCCCAGCUGCUGAAAUACAGUCAGAUAGCUUCAAUCAUGGGGUCGUCUGCCGUAUUUGUUGCCGAUUAUGUGUCAGAUAGUCAAAAGAAUUUUGUCAAUUUUCAAAUACUUUGCGUCAUUGUUGCGAUAAUAAGUUGCGUGGCCAUGUGUUACGCUGGACUCAAUGUGAAAGUGGACAAAAAAUAUGAACCAGUUAUCGACGAGAAAGGGGACAAAAAAAAUGGGCCUACAUCAGUCUCUUGGUGGUCACUGACCUUUCAAAUAUGCAAACAGAAGAAUUUCGUUUGCUUUGUGAUAAUGAAUUUUCUACAGAUAUUCCACACAACUUACAGCAGUAAUUUCUUUUUAAUCUUUGCUGAAGAACUGAUGGGUUCUCAAUUACCUCCAUUUGUCCGAAGUCUUUUGGCUGGAUCAACAUUCAUGAUACCACAGAUUCUUGGACUACUGGCAAAUCCUCUCAUUGUAAAAUACGGAUCCUAUCACAUAAUUCUGAGCUCAUUUUAUAUCAAGCUUGUAAUGGCUGUUUUGCUGUACUUGAGUGGACCAAAUCAAAUUCUUAUUUUGGCUGCUUUCUUUGUGCUUGACAAGAGUAUUCCUAGCGCGACAUUCUCCCAGUUCAAUAUACCUCUCUCUGAUAUUAUUGACGAUGAUCUUGCGAAGCAUAAACGAAGUUCGCCAAUUUCAUCGCUUGUAUUUGGUACGAAUGCUUUGUUUACAAAACCAGCGCAGUCGUUCGCGCCAAUGUUGAUCGUUGCCAUCUUAUCAAGCUACGGUUAUGACGACAAAAGCCACACGAUGAAACCAACUACUAGUCCAGGUUCAUUAUCGUCGUCUGCAGAUCUUAAAACGGUGAUGUUCAACGUGAUGUGUUUCCUCCCAGCAAUCAUCGCCAUUUUACAAAUACUGGUGUGGAAUAGUUACACUCUCCGAGGCAGAAGAGACAAAACUCCUGAGGACGAAAGGUUUGAUCUCCAAUAAAAGCAAGUAAGCUUCUAUUAAGGUAGCUCAAUAGGACAAACUAUAGGAAGGUAUAUAUUAUGGGAAGGUAUAUUUUUUCCUCUUAAAUGUUUGACAGUGUAGAAUUGUCCUUCAAUCUAGUUCAUUGCACAGAGCCCUGGGGCCGGUUGUUUAAAAGCCGGUUGUUUAAAAGCCGGUUGCUCUGAGUUAAAGCAAAUUUUCGCAUCAUUUUUUUAAUCGCUUAUUUACAAAGUUGACUAUCUUUUUCUGUAAGUAUUUUCUCGAUUUUCUCUUGAUAAUUGCAUACAAUUUCUCGUGUAGUCUAAAGAGGGCUUUAAUUUUCAUGCAAUCUGUAAUGGUGUAUUAAACAUGCGCACUUUUAGACCACACGUAAAAGCAUGUUGUUGACGACUAUUAACAAUUAAUUUUACUGCUCGCUAAGAAACCAGUUCGCAAAACUCGUAGCUGAAAAUAAAAGAUGUUGAUUGCACAAUUCAGGCACUGACUUCCCUUUAACUAUCAUCAGCUCAAGGUCGUGAAAUUUUUGAGAUGAAAACUCUGUGAAAUCUAACGACAGGUUUACAAUAUACCAGGAAGCAUGAAAAAGUUGCUUAAACUCUGGGAUGUCGUGAGUUUCAUAGUAAAUUUUUUAUGCAUUUUUUUUCUCAAACCGAGUAAGUUUCCACAGAAUUCGAACUCUGGUGUAAUAAGGGUUUGAUAUUAGACUAAAUAUUACCAUACAGAAAUUAUGUGUUAUUUACGAAAACAUAUUUUUAAAUUUAACCCCAGUUUAGCGUUGAAAAAGGCUAUUUCGUCAAUAACUUUGCAAAAUAACGAUAAAUCAAUCGUGUAUAUACAUGGUUUUGAGACUAAAUAAAAGCACAAUACAACUCAUUAACUAUGUUAUUGUCCGGAUUUAUGCAAAAAAUGGUUCCUUUCUCUUCACGUGUCUAUUGUAUUUUAGCCAAACUUACCAAUGGCAUUCGUCUCGCUAAGUUCCUUAACAUUGACUUGAAAAAAAUGUUAAUUAUAAGAUUGCUAUUGAUUUAUAUCUGCAAAAUACAAUAGAUAUGUGAUGAGAAAGGAACAAUAUUAAACGUAAAUCUACCUCGACAUAGUUAAUGAGUUGUAUUGUAGUUUUUUAUGUAGUUUCCAAACCAUGUAUAUUCUAUUAACUAUGAUGCUAUUCAUGCAUUACUUACGACACAUCUCAACUAAAUAAUCCAUCGUAAUUAACGCUACUCUGGUUUUAAUAAAUGAAAGUAAUAACCACAC